AUAGUCGGCUCCGAUCCUGAUGAGAUUGAGAUGGGAGAAGUCAAGGAAAUCUAUGAGAAGCCUGUUGUGCUGCAGUCCUGGGUUGUCUUGUCUGCCAAGUGCAAUACCCUAUUACCUGUUGACUGCUUUAACGUAGACCACCAGGUGCUGACAGGAGUACGGGCCUCUACAUCGCAGCUCAGCCUUGCUGAUGUCACCGUGGCCUGGGUGUUACUGGCAUCUCAUGGCGGUUCCUUCAGUAAACGACUGCAGCCAAGCUCAACACACCUAAUAGCUACCAGCACCAAUUCAGCCAAAGCUGAGAAAGCACAGAAAACUCCACACAUCAGCAUUGUGACACCGGACUGGCUCACCGACUGUGUGCUGAAAAACGAGCGACUUAAUGAAGCUGAAUAUCAUCCACGCCUCCAACUCUUGACUCCUCCAUCACCAGUAACAAAUAAGUCAGCUCGAAGGUUUGCUAACACUCCAAAAGCUCAUCACAUUGGAUCUCCGAGCUUGAGUUUCAAUACUUUCAGUGGCCCAAUGCAUCUGGCUUCUUCUAUUGAAAUUCCUGGUGCUGCUGAAAUGAUGGCAGCAGCUGCCUCAAUAGAUAUAUUUCCUGACACAAGUCAGUCUGAAAAUGCCGAAACUAAUCCAGAGUUGGAAAAGAAAAAGCAAGAUCUUGUAGAAAGGAAACGUCUCUUUGACAGGCUUGAGUUCAGUGAUGACGAUGAGAUGAAUGAGGAUAUUCAAAAUAUGGAUUUGAAUGACACAAGUUCUAAAUUGCUACUUGAUCUACCCACAACUGCUGAUUCAUCAUCACCGGAGAAUGUGGAGACUCGAACUGGCAUGACAAUCGAUGAAAAACGCUUUGAUGAUGAAGCAAAAAGUUUGAGUGAACAAAACCUAAAUUUGGAUAACAUCAUAAAUAAAGAAGAGUCUAGAGAUUUGACCACGUCUCAGAGUGAGACUUCUCAGCCACCAUCUUGCACGUCAUCAACAUUAGACACUGUAUUCUCAGGGAGCAAGGAAACAAACUCCUCAGUGUCAUCAGUUCCUCUAAGUGUCCCGGGCAAUAUCACAACGUUGACUUCAGAACGUCCACAAACAGGUUCAUCUGCUUCUCUUAGCAAUUCAACCUCUGAAUGUGUUACCUCAGUUCCUACGGUUGCCAAUCCUGUUGUUGCAAAUCAAGUGUCCACAAGAGUACCAAGUGUUGAUCAGUUUACCAGCAAAGUUCUUCCCUCAUCCACCACAAUUUCGCUAAGUUCUGCUGCCCAUCGAGCAAAUAAUCAGCAAUUGCGUUUACCUGGGCCGAACGUGACAGUUACUCCGUCAUCUCAGCUACUCAAGAAUCAGGAACAACAACGUUUACAUUUACAGAAACAACAACAAGAACAACAGAAACAGUUUCUGGUGCAAAAGCAUGCCGGACAGCGCCCAUCGCCGUUGCAGCUACAGUUGCAACAACCUUCACAGCUGUACAUGCAACAAAAACAAGUUCGAAUGACAACUCCGGUGCAACAAGUGCAACUUGUACAGCAACACGUCUCGACAUCUCAGCAGCAGCAGUUGCUGCAAACACCGCAACGACAAUUGGGUGUUCAAACUCAACCUGAUGUUCAGCAGCAACAAAGUAUGGAAUUACAGCAAGGAGUUUCCUUGAUGCAGAAACAACAACAGGCCUCUGAUCAUCAACAGGAACAUCAACAAGUACGGCAAGAAGUUUUACAUGCAACUGGCGUGCAACACCAGCAACGUGGCACACACCUGCAACAUAGCAGUGAUGUUACCCCACAACAACAGCAAUAUACUGGUGCGAGCAGCAACCUUCAGCAACAACCUGGAGUGCUGAAUGAACAAAGUUCGUUACAGUUAAAUCAGGAAAUUCAAGCUCGUCAUCAGCAACUGCGGGAUAGUCAGCAACUUCAGCAAGGAUUCCCGCAACAUCAGCUUAACAUUCAGCAACAAAAAGAGGAAAGCCAGCAAAUUCACCAGGGAUUUCAGCAGCAUCAGCAAGGCACUCAGCAGCAAAAAGAUGAAAGCCAGCAACUUCAGCAAAGUAUUCAGCAUCAGCAGGAAGGUAUUCAGCUUCACCAGCAAAGCGUUGAACAACAGCAAGGCAUACAGCAAAAACAGAUCCCACAGCAUCAGGAAGGCAACAACCAAUUGAAAAGCAUCGAGCAGCAACAAAUUAUUGAAAAUCAGGAAGGUGUUCAACAGCUUCAAGGUAUUCCGAAGCAGGACAUUCAACAGCAGCUUCAAGGCACCCAGCAUCCGCCGCAUGGUAUUCAGCAGUUGCAUCAAAAUAUUCAACAUGAUUCUCAACAACUGCUGAACAUUCAACAUUUUCCACAACAAAACGACCAACUUAUUAGAUCUAAUCAGCAUGUAACCAGCAUGCCACUGAACCAUGAACAAAACUUCCAACACCAAAGUAACAUUCAGCUUCAGGUCAGCCAAACUCAGUUCCUUCAGCCUACACAGUCUAUUCACCAUCAGCAACUUCUGCAUCAGCAAUCUAUAAACCAUCAACAGUCAUUGCAUCCGAUAACGUCUGCAAACAACUCUGCUGUUACUUCUAAUGUAUCUACUGAUCCUUCAACAAGUAAUAUUCAACAACCAUACUCCACAUCUUCUGCUGUUGGUGCCACUACUUCUUCAUACGAUUUGUCUGUGGUUGGACCAACUCCUGCUGUUGCUGGUCCUCCGAUGUUGGCCUCUGUUUCAGUCGCUGAUGUCACCUCGGUUAUUGGUUCUUCUGUAGGUUCUGGCAUUGAUUCCCUGGCUUCCAUCAACACUUCUGACAUGAGCUCGUUGGUCCCGAUGAGUUCCAUGACAUCCAUGGGUUCUUCAGUUACUGGCUCGAUGCUAACGUCCUCAGCAUCAACCACCAUAGCUGCUAUUGCCUCGUCUUUAGCGGCGGAGGCUGGAGACGCGGCAACCGCAGCGGCCGUAGCCGCGGGUACGACGGUAGCUGAUCAAGAGGUACCACGGUCGAUGGUAGGGACCUCUACCAUCAGUGAUGGUAUGGUUGGAGUUCAAUCUGUUGUUGGUGGUGCAGGUGUUUCUGCACCAACCAAUAUGGCUGGUGGUCUGCAGCAACAGGUGAUACUUCAUCAGCAGCACGAGCAGCAGCUGCAGCAACCAGGGCAACUUAUGCAUAACGCUGGUCAGCGCUCGUCUAGUAUGAUGCCUCACCAGCAGCAGCAGCAGCAAGUGAUCACACAACAUCAAGUCCAUACAGUGGCCAUCCCCGGAGCAGUAGUGCGUCUGCCGCAGGGCGUGGCCAUCCCCGGAGCAGUAUUCGUUUCUGGUGGUGCUGCUUGGCAGACAAGCACGAGGUCAUCAACGCCUCAGCAGCAGCAGCAGCUUGGUCCACAGCAGCAGCAGCAUGCAGCAGCAGCAGCAGCAUCAGAUGCUACUGCUGCCACUAACGUUGUUUGGACCGGGCAGCAGCAGCAACAACAGCAGCCGGGAGAGAUCGUUCAGCAAGUCCCCCCUGAACAACAACAACACCAACAACAACAACAACAACAACAACAACAACAACAACAUGUGGUACAAACACUAGUGCCACAACUAGUGCGGCCACCUAGCACGCCAGGGGGGGCACAUUACGUAUCAGGAAGAGUGGUAGUUUCUCAGUGGCAGUCUCAACAACCACAGCAAGUUCUACAACCUGGUCAACCACAGCCAGCUCAACCAAGUCCAACCCAGCAGUUGCUGCUACCACAACAAGCAGGCUUGGUAGCGUCAGGUCACACCAUGGUGCGCGCUGUGGGCCCUGGUGGUGGUGUGGUAGCAGCGCCCUCCAUGCAGAUCAUGCAGAACCAAGUUGCCCUCAUCAGGCAACAGUUCCCUCAGCUCAGUCCUGCCGAGUGCCAUCAGGUGCUAACAAUGCUGCCAGUGCACCUGCGGGAGAUGCAGGGGCGCGACAACGCUGGUCGGUCCGAGUAUCUGGGGACGCUGCCGCCCAAAGAGCGUCAGGUGGUGACUUAUUUCCACAUGCGGCGUCACCACAACCUCAUGCAGCGACAGGCAGCUCUGCAGCAGCAGCAACUUGCGCAGCAGCAACAGGCGGGGGUGCUGCAGGGCCAGCAGCAAGUACCGCAGUUAGUGCAGCAGAAGACUGUCCUGCAGCAGUCCGUAUCCCCGCUGGGGUGGCAGUCUGGACAGCCCCAGGUGGUGACUGCCACUGGACUGCCAGUGCAGCAGUCCCAGCAGCCCCAGCAGCAGGGGACACAGCAGCAGUUUGGGGCAGUGCGCCCCAUUAAUCCCCUCUUCACUAGUGCUGGACAGGCGACCCAACUCCUAGUGUCCCCAGGGGCGUCGCCCCAUCCUCAUCAUCAGGACUCGUCGCUUGUGGCUCACUCCCCCACAGGGUCCUUAGCAGUGCAGGGCAUUCAUCCAAACUUGGUGAACCAGAAGACCAAGACUGCUUUAGCAAACCUACUGAGCAACAGACUUGGUGGUGGAGGCUCGCAGCAACUUGACUUGUCUUCUCAUAUUCUUCACAAAGUUUCUGGCGACUGCUCUCAAGGAGGCGAACAGGUUGUGAUCUACCGCCGCACUCUCACCAACAUCCCUGGUGGCGCCCCCGGUGCUCCUGCAGGCUCUACGAUCGUUAGACCUGCGGGGGCGGUAGCCCAUCAUGUCAGCCCCGUGGGCUACCCGCGACCCGCGGGCCCACAUUCCCCUCACAGCGGGGCCGGGGUGCCGGUCUCCCCCAACAUCGUGGCUGGGGGGUCCCAACACUACCCUCGCCCCCACCUCUUCGGUCAUGACACCAACAUCAUGUUGCCUCGGGAGCUGUGUCUGGUAGGAUGCGUGUUCUACAUCGCCGACUAUCACGCCGAGCUCCUGCCUCACGUCAUCGACACCUGGAGGAGAGUUAUUCAGCAGCACGGAGGGGAGGUUCGAGGGUUCGAGGGUAGCGCCAGUGCGAAGGUGGCCAAAGCUCGUGAGUGGCGCAAGCCGAUCGUGAAUGGCAUAUGGCUGAGCGAGGUGCUGCUCGGCCAGAACGUGCCGCCUCUCGUAUGCCACGGCACCAAGUAUCAACAUCAGCUCGAUGAUCCCCUCAGAAUUGAUCCCAGUCUGGCACUGCACCUCUUCAAUGCAUGGAAGUUCCCUAUCAGCGUCUCUAAAGAAUCCGUCGAGAAAGCCAAAGCGGUGCGAGAGAACGCGCUCAGGAAGAGGAAAACCGAAGUCAUUGAAGGAGAGUUGGACAACAAACGUCCUCGUAUAGACGUUUGUCUAAGCCAGCCCAUCCCAGAGCUGUCAACUGUCCUGCCAUCUCCAUCUCCACCCGUCGACGGCAACUUGCCACCUGAAUCCUCUAACAUCAAAACCGAAAUUCAACAAGGGGACAUCAAGACGGAGAAGGAUGAUAUUCCGUCAUCAGAUGGAACAGAUACUACAACAGCUGCUACUUAUGACUCAAGUAACAACAACUUGACAACGGCAGACAGUAAUUCAACCGACGGUAACACUGUCCCAACCGCCGAACCUGUAACCGCAGCCGCUGCUACUCCAACCCCUGCAGUUACGAAGAAAAAAACUCCCGUUAUUUUCUUCUCGAGCGUCAGGAAUAAACCUGAAAUGGAGAGAAAAGUGAUAGAGCUCGGAGGCCGCGUGACGGGCAGCGCCCAGGAGGCAACCCACCUCGUGAUGGGGGGCGACGGGCGCGUGGCCCCCCGCACCGUCAACUUCAUGUGCGCCGUGUCCUGCUGCUCACACGUCGUGUCCUUAGCGUGGCUACUGCACUCACAUCACUUCAACACCUUCCUGCGAGAAGACAAGUACGUUCUGCAGAUGCCCGAGUUUGAGCAACUCUUCGAUUUCAGCCUCGAGAAAACUCUUGCCAAGCCUAACAGGAGACAACUGCUGAGUAGUCGCGUAGUCGCGUGUUAUGAUAGUGUUACUAAUAACAUAAUAGUGACAUCACAAUCUGUCUCNGUUAUACGCCAGCUGUACCGGGAGAAGAGCAACAAAUACUUCGUGAUCGCCAUCGAGAGGGACGAACAUCUUGUGAAGGAUCUGCUCGCUGAAAAAAUUCCUGUGCACACGGCAGAGUUUGUGCUGGGCUCCAUCUUGCGGCAGGAGGUGAUGACAGACAUGGCGCUCUACAGCUCCUAACUCGUCUUGUAAUUAUAUUCUUCACAACAAUGAAAGACACCAAACAAAAUCUGGUUUUAAUGUUGAAAAAUCUGACAUUUGUUACAAGUGAAUUUGUAUUUUAAACACAAAAUAUUAAGGUGAAUUUUCACGGUUUCCCUAAACCGUUGUACGAAGAAUGUUUUGUGUAGGAAUAGAUGAGUGAGUGAAAGAGGUCGAUUUAGUCCCUGUUGCGUAAGCCAGUUGGGAUAUUGACUUGAUUUGAUGCAUGUAAUUUCCUUAAUCUCGCAUAACUUCACUAAUGAGCUCAUUUAUUCGGUUACAAAAAUGUGAACAGAGAUGAGAAGUGUUCUUGGCUUUUCUUAAAUAGUAGUUUUGAAUCUCUUAAAAAAUAACUCGGAUAUUUCUAGUUGUUUUGAAUCUUAAAAAACUCAAAUAUUUUAUACAAUUUGAUCAGAUAGAGGAGCUGAGUAGUACUCAGUAUCUAGCAAUCUCUAUUGUUAAGUAUUACUUCGUUGUUUAUCUGCAUUACUGCAGCUGGAAAUUUCGCUGUAUCCGAUGUCACGUUCACUGGUUUUCAGGUUAGAUCAGCUGUGCUAUCGCUAACCCUCGCUUACGUCGGCAAGCCUGCGUUUGUUUGGUAGUGCAUUUUGUGUUGAUAACCGCAUUAAAGCCACAUUACUUUUGACGAUAGAUAAUUAAACUAGGUUUAUUUUGAUUUGGAGAGCCCUGGUUUGACCGUUGCCAGCUGCACUGCUCUUAUCAAAGAGCGGCGCUUUCCAGCUCGAGCACCGCUACAAUUUUUGAGUAACUGUUUUCUGAGAUUCUAAUUAUGAUUCAUUGCUCAAGAACACAUUUGAAAAUGUGUGGAUUAUUAUCAAUUAUUUAUUAUGCCUAAAAAUUGAUCGUAAAUCGUUGCAGUUUGUUGAAUGAUGGCUCAAGAAAGCGCUGCACUCGCGCUCAUGUAAUAUUUGAAUUGAAUUGAGUGCACGACAGAAAGCUUGCUUUGUGUCCGGAUACCGCCUCACUCAUGUAGAUAAUGCUAGGCAAAUUCGAUGUCUCAAAUAAAAUUAAUUGUUUA